CGUGCUGUAUCUUUUCCCAGGAAACAUAUGUUGGGACCACCACCUGGCCACACAUUUGCAGCUCUUUCGUGGUUCAGUCUCCUGAACGCACUGAUCCAAUCUGUUUUAGCAUUUUAUUGUGCUAAUUGUUGCCUGUAAUCUGAUUACCAGCCUGAGCUGCUUUUGCCCCUGCAGUGUUUUGCGAUGCAUUUGCUGUAUUCCCUGAGCCCAGUGAUAGCCUGACAGCUCCAGUCUGUUCAGAGCUGCUGGUAGGAAUCUCCUUGCUCUGCAACACAGAAGGGCCUGCUAGUGCUGUGUGUUGGUUUAAAAUUAGCUGCUACUGGUACUGUUGCUGAAACCUCAUCUUCUCCUGCAAUUAUGUUCAGGAACCGCUGGAUUUCCAACUAUGUGGGAGCCAUAAAGUACUGUGGGGAAGGAUUUGAAAGUGAGGCUUCCAUCAGAUUUGAAAAUUCAAGACUAUUGCAAAGGAGGGCACUAAGCUUCCAAAAAGAACUGUCCUUUGAAGACAAAGAACAAUUGUGCAAGAGCACACAGGACAUUGAUGCUAAUAUUUUGGCAGUGCUUCCAAAAGUUUCAGAAUUAAGAAAGCGUUUUGAACCUGAAAGCCAUACUGCUUUGGAAAUGAACAGGAAAGAGAGGAUUGCCAGGCGUUUAGAAGCCAUUGAAAGUGACACCCAGUUGCAAAGCUGUCCUGGUUUAGUUUCACAUCGCCUGCUGGAAGAAGACACUCCUCGAUACACUCGGGCCAACGACCCUUGCAGUCCAUGUGCAGCAAGAAGGUUCAGUAAAGAAGAACUUAAUAUCCAGGAGAGUGAAGACCCCUCUUCAGAGAGACAGUCUAGAGCUAGGUGUCGCGCGGAGCCCCAGUCUAUUCACACAGAGUCAACCUAUAGCACAGGAAGCAUGGAAACUGCAGGCACGGAUUCAAAGGCAGAGAGGAUAGCCAGGUACAAGGCAGAGCGGAGGCGCCAGCUGGCAGAGAGAUAUGGCAUUUCGCUGGACCACGAACUGGAAUCGGAUUUCUCACCCAAGUACCCACGAAUGCGAAAGGAACCCGAGGCACUGGCGCAACAUGCCCAAGCCUCGCAGAACAGAAAGGAGCAGGAGGAGCAGGACAGAGAACUGAGCUCGCUGUACAGCACCAGGACUGGAUUUGUGAGAGAGCCAAAGAUCAUGCAGUCGAAAGAGAAUGCUUUCCGAGAGAGCGUGGACUGCUUUUCCGACCAGGAGAGGAUGAUGAAUCUGGAGAACUACAAGAGGGCACAGGAUCCGGGAGCCCAAACAGGGGUUUAUGGGAAACCGUUGUUUAUGGAUGUUUCCACCACCACCACAGUCCCGGGGAAAGACUUUUCUGCAGGCGAGGUGCCAGGCUCACCCAGACAUGGCCGCCAGUCAUCACUGCAGUCUCCACAGCAGUCACCGGGUGACCUGUUCAUUGAGCACCAAGCCCAAAACAUCCUCAGCAGACAAGGCCUCGUGGUAAAACCAAAGAGUGAGUGGUUUCUUCAGAAAGAUUCAGAAGGCGAGACACCUUGUCUUAUCAACUGGCCCUCCAGAAUUAAAGUUAGAGAGAGGAUGGUGAAAGCGGAAGGCAUUCGAGGAAGCCCCGAACUUGUCACAGAAACUACAGUUUCCAGGAGACAUCCGAGGGUGCCACCUCAUGAUAUGCCUUUUCAGUCGGAAACUUCUGCCUUUGAUAGGGUCACUGCUGUCCACAUGGGUGUAGUGCGGAAACCCGUGUAUGGCUUUGUCCAGCCUGCUGGCCCAGUUCAGAGUGCCAGGUCUGUGACAGUGGGAGAAAAGAGGGACAGUUGCUCCCAAAGCAAUCUUCAGAUGCCAGUUGCCUCCAGCUCUGGAGCAAAAGUCCGGGGUUUGAGCGCAGACGAGAGCGAGAAAUGGUCUGAGGGAGAUCAAAGCUUUGGAAACCUGCUGGAGGAAAAGCACCCUGUCCGAACAGAGUGCCUCCUCAAGAGCAGGAAAGCAGUCCUGCCUUCCGAAAUCCUCAAGAGAGAGAAGAAUCAGGACGACCCCUGCAGGGUCCUGGAAGAGGAGCAGCCCAGUGUUGCUUCACCCGUUGGACACAGACCAAGCCUGACCUUUGAAGAUCUUCCCAGAGUGGUGGAAACCUCAAAGCAGCAGACCCAAACGAAGGACAGCAUGGAAAGAAGCGAGGCCAUCCUGUACUUUCAGAGGGGAUCAGCGCUGGCUCCGGCAAAGCAAAAGGGUCCGGGCCAAGAUGCCUCGACAACGAAGCACAAAAUGCUGACGCGCUCCAUGUCAGAUUUUGGAGUGGCGCAGAAGGUGUCGGUCUUCAGAAAUCUAGAACUGGCCCCAAAGAGAGAGACGUUCCACAGUCCUGAAGCCAGUCGCGUGCAAAACGGAGAACUCUGCUCAGUAGACACACGGGUGUCAGUCUCCCAGCUCAUACACUCCUACCUGGAAACAGCUGCUUCCUGCAAGAAACAAGAACUGGAAGCUGAGGUAGAGCUGACAACAACAGGUCUUGAUUCGGCUUCCAAAACUGAGCGAGAAAGGGGAGCUCGGAGGCCAAGGCGCUAUAUUUCUCCUGGGGAAAAUAGAAAGACCUCUGAAAGGUUUAGGACUCAGCCUAUCACUUCAUCAGAGCGACUGGAAUCAGAUAGGUCACAUCUGAGUCCUGAAAAUAAUGAAGCGGACGAGGAGAAACUUGAUGAGAGAGCCAAGAUGAGCGUUGCUGCCAAGAGGUCACUUUUCAGGGAAUUGGAAAAGAGCAUUGACUCUGCUCCCGUGCCAAAGCCUCGUUCUCGCAAUGCUGCUGUGGAAAGGCGCCUGAGACGCACGCAGGAUCGCUCGCGCACGCAGCCCGUCACCACCGAAGAAGUCGUCAUCGCUGCCACCGUACCAGCCCCUGCCUCACAAACAGUGACUGUCCACACAACAGUAGCGCGAAUCCCUAGUCCCACUGUAGUAAGCACCAGUGUGCAAAGGAUCAGUUUGCAAGCAUCUUCACAGCAGAAAGCUUUAGCAAGAGAACAGGCCAGGGAAGGUGCAACUGAAGAACAAGGACCAGAAGAGCCUGACCUUUCAACUCUCAGCCUGUCAGAAAAGAUGGCCCUGUUCAAUCGCCUGUCACAAACGUCCACCAAAGUGGCGUCCAGAAGCAGAGCCGAUCUCCGGCAGAGGAGGGUGAAUACGCGUUACCAGACACAGCCCAUCACACUGGGAGAGGUCGAGCAGGAAAUAGAGCCCCAAGUCCCGCCCCCCGUGGCCUAUGGCAUUCCAGAAUACCUGCAGAGAGAGAUGCGCUCUGUACAACUGCAAAACGGAGCAAGGGGAAAGAUAGGUCCUUUAUCACCGUCUAUUGUGAAAUCAGUAGCAGCAGCAGCAUCUCAGGCUGCCACGCUGUCUACAACUUCAGCUGGAGAGCUACAGCUUGGAAGAUCCAAAGCAGUGAGAGAGGAGAGUUUGUCCUCCACCCAGAGACUGUACAACAGAUCCAUCCCCAAGCACCACAGCACUGCAGCCAGCGCCGAUCCCUCUGUGAAGAGUGUGGCAGCUCCAGAGCUCAAACCUUUACACUUAACAACUGAGAAGCAGCAGCAGCAGCAACCAGAGAUCACAGGGGUGUUUCAAAGCUAUUCUGUUGCUGAACAGCGACCGGCAGAACUGAGAGGAGCUGUAGCACAGGAAAGCAGCAGCAAGGUUAAGCACCGAUCUACCGAGUGGGGCGGUAAGCAGAAGCAGCAGCAGCAGCAGCCCCCAGCGCAGCCAAGUGGGAGCGAGAGGGAUGCAGAGAUCAGGGAGCUGAGGCACGACGCUGCCAGGAGAAGCAGCAGGGAACUGCCGACAGAGCCCCAGGGUUUCCUGAGAUCAGAAAGUGCCGCUGUGCUGGAGAGACAGGAGGCAAGGGGGGUUCUAAGAGAAAGGCAACCCUUGCAGGACCCGUUUGAGUCUGAGAGUGUUCAAAAAUCCAAGACAGUCGUAUCAGAGCUGCUGGAACCCACUGCUUCCCUCAGAGCGGUGUCUGCAACAGCAAGGAGUGCCUCUCGCACUUCCAAUGUGCUGCCCUCCAUACUGCAGCCUUCAGAGCUCACUGAGGACAGGGGCUACGGUGUGCAGUCUGAGCUCAUCUCUGCCAAGGAAAACCAGGCUGAAACCAGCGAAGAACUUCCUGACAGCAUGUCUUCCAGACAAAUGUCCAUCAAAGACAGGCUAGCCCUUCUCAAGAAGAGCGGGGAAGAAGACUGGAGGAACAGAAUCAACAAAAAGCAAGACGCUGUCAAAGUGGUCGUCUCUGAACAUCAGUCACAGCUAUGGGAAGUCAAGCAGAGCUUCAAAAAGAAGGUAACCGGGCCUGGGGCAGAAAAAAAAGAAAACAAUCACCCAGAAAAUUAUACUUAACAGUUGAAAAAUAACAGUAUUAAUAAUAUUAUAAACCCACAUAAAGCAUAAUCUAGAAUUGCAUUUACACCCGUUUUUGUGAUGCAUCAAUUUUAUUUUUUGUUAUUUUGGGUCGUAUUUAUGGAUAUUUUAUUUGGACAGCUUUCCAUUUAAAUUUGAUGCAUCCUAUUAGUGAUCCUAUAUUUGUUGGCUCAAUUAAGACCCAGAUACUUCACACUUCUUCUUCUACAAGGUAAUAUGCUUGUCUGAAAAGAUCUACUCCUAUCCUAACACAGAGUGCCCAUACAAUGGCAUGAGAAACUCACAUUAAUCCUGCUGCACCCAGUCUUGGGUUUCAGAACUACCCUCAAUGAAGUAUAUUUAAUUGAUCUUGAAACAGAAUGCACAGUCAGGUCCCUGAAGACUCUGCUGUGAUUGGUCCGAUCAGUUCAGAGCAUGUUAGCAGGGCCCUGAUUGCUAACAUUUCUGUCAGUGUGUAAUUUCUUAAGUAUACCCAAACAAGGGGAGUUGUGAGAUGUAGAACAGGUUGCAGGACUAGUGCGAGUUUCUAAUCCUGGCAAUAUUCAAAGACAAUUCUCUUUUCUGGGGAUCUGUCCAAGAAACUAUGGGAAAGAUGAGGCUGUUUUAUUUGGGAAUGUUUUUCAGGAUCACUUGUAAGAACAAACCUGUUUUGUACCUAUCCUACUGUAUUUGCUUUUCAUUUAAGUAGACUGAAAAUGUACAGGUUUGAAUACCCAAAGUAAUCCUAAAUUUGUAUGCUUUUUGGAGAAUUACAGGUAGGGUUUCAGACAAGUAAUGCAUUCAAGUAAGCUACACUAUUCUGCACAACAAAAUAUAUUGAUUUUACACAUCUUACAAAUCAGAAAUGUAGACCUUGCAGGUGCUCGGCAUCUUCAGACUUCUUACUCAAGAAGUACAUUUGGCUUUUUUGUUUGUGUUUUUUGUUUUUAUUGUACCAUUUCUUUUACAGUUUUAUCAGCCUUUACUGUUAGUUGUGUCUUACUUCAUUUUGUUUUUAUUGAUCAAUUCUUAGACAUUAGCUUUUUAAAAAUAAAUGUGUCACUGUUGAAGAUUCCACCAAAAUAAACUACAACAGCCUCCGUGAAAGUUUACAUUUCAGUGAGGAAGAAGGGGAUUCGUUUAGGAGAAAAACUCAUUUCAUUCAUUUAAUAACAAAUAAAAUACACCAAGACUGUAAAUCCAUCUUGGACUUCUGGCUUUGCUCACAUGGUUUAGAACAUUGGAUUGCAGUAGAAUUCCAGAUUGAGAGGAUGCCUCGCACACAUUUAAUCUCAUUAUCAUUGAGAGCGUGCUGGGUGUUCCUGCAAAGACCCAGCUAGUGUGCUAUUGAUAAGUAGUUACAAACAGCGUCGUCAGCCUUAAGCAAACCUUGCCUGUACAGCAAGAGAGUGUUUUAGCCUA